AUGGAUGAGACUUAUUCAAAAUUGGCAGCCGACAUUCACGCCGCGGCUCGUGCAAAGGCACCUGGUCGACUCAUCGUCGGUAUAGCAGGUCCUCCGGGUUGUGGAAAGAGCACAAUCGCCGCGACCGUUGUGAGCCUCAUCAACAACAACAACAGAAAAGAGCCACCACCAGAUGCUGCUGCUGCUGCUCAAUGUCGAGCGCAAACAAUACCACUGGACGGGUUUCACUACACUCGACAAUACCUUGACAGCCUCCCGAACCGAAAAGAAGCAUACAUCCGACGUGGAGCGCCUUGGACCUUUGACGUCGAUGCCAUGGUCGCAUUCAUCAAGCGUCUCGCCGAUUCCGCCCGGCUACCACCUUCAGACAGACCGACGAUACUCGCGCCGUCGUUCGACCACGCCGAGAAGGACCCAAGGAACGACGACAUCGGGAUAUCCCCCGAGACAUCAAUCAUCGUCCUCGACGGAAACUACCUCCUUCUCGACGAAGAUAAGUGGAGAGACAUCCAUGUGUACCUCGAUCUCAAGAUCUUUGUCGACGUCGAACCAUGUUUGGCUCGGGAAAGAGUUGCAAGGCGCCACGUGGCUGCCGGAAUCGAACCGACGCUGGAAAAGGGCCAAAUGAGGUUUGAUACAAACGACGCCAUCAAUGGAGACCUGAUCCGGAACAAGAUUGUCAAAUACGAUCUCAUGAUUGAGAGUGUGACCGUGAGAUGA